AUGACAAUAGAUUCUACAUUUAAGCAAGCGAAACAUAGUUAUGUAGUAACAGAAUAUAAUCAAUUCGCUAUAUAUGAUCAUCCUUGGGAUGGUCCAUGUUUUGGUACUGGUCCAGACAUUUGGGUUAAUAUUAAUCCUAAUAAACCGAUUGGUCACAUCGUUCGUAAAUGUUAUCAACCAAGUGUAAUAAAUAUUUCGGGAAUUUUUCGAUGGAUUGAUUGGGAGAUAUUUCAAGUUAUUCGAAAAGAUAACGGAAAAGGGAUAAACAAUUAUGAUCAUCCCGUUUACGAUAACGAAGAUUGGUUUAACUUUUAA